UAUCGUAUCAAGUCGGCGCGGAACGGGCGUGGGCGUGUAUGUGGGCAUCACGGCGGUCAUAAGACGGAUUGGGGGGCCUCGCGGCUUGGGACACAAGAUGGAAACGCCUCACGGCUCGUUGGUCUGUUGUUGUUUUCUCUCUCUCUCUCUCUCUCUUUUCUUCAAGGCGUUGGUUUCUUGCACACCCCAUCUGCGUUUUUAUCUUGGUUUUAUUUCUUAUUUCUCGUCUUCCACCCUUCAUGACACGGAAAGAAAGAGAAAAAAAAGAAGAAAAAAGACAACAAAAACGCCGGUCCCUAUCAGGAGGAGGACCGACACCACACGCACUUCUCUUGCAGCCGAAAGAUACCCCUCUCUCUCUUCUUUUAUUUUUUAAUUUUUUAUUUUUAUUCUAUCGUAUCUUAACGUGGAAACAAAAAAAAAACACACCUCCAAGCCUCGCGGCAACACUGUACAUGGUCUUUGAUAUGAUCCUAUCGGUAAAACGGGGGGAGGUUUUUUUCAUGUCUCCCUGCCAUUACGAGCUCACGUUUCUCCUUUACUGUUUCUUGUUUUUAUUUUUCAUUUUUUUUAUUACCCUCUCGAGCGGCCUCGGGUCAACUGGGAGUAGCGGGGGAAGCCUACGUCGACUGAACAAAAAAGUCAAGUUUUAUUACCAUUUUUACCAUCAUGCUAGUCUGUAUGAGAAAAAGAAACGCGUAUACCAAAACCGAGCCGUCGUGUUCUCUCCGCUUUCCUUCUCGAGACCGUGUCGUGAGAGAGGGGGAGGGCGGGGGAUGAGGGGAACGAGGCACCCCGAUCGCAACCGCGAACCACUCGGGCAGCCGUUGGGCGACGGCGGUGUUGGAACCGACGACCUGCAGAAAAGGCUCGAUCGAUCGUCGCGCCUCCUCGCCCUCUGAUCCGACAUGAGCUUGUGCGGACGACGGGCUACAAAACUGGAGGAGGGGUGGCCAAACAGAAGUCACCCGAUGCCCCUCCCUACGUUCCGUGGACAUCUUUCGGGCUGCCGAACGCGAGCACACCCGGCUGGCGAGAUGCGAGCCGGGCCCCGGACGCUGUCUACGAGGUGGCCGAAGUGUGGGUUCCUCUGGCUUAUACACCCUCGGGGGGGGCAUACAUUUCGUUUCUCCAGAGCUUACUAUGCGAACGCUCAUCUAAUGUGGCGCGAGUGAUCCACGUAUCCUGUGUCUAUCCAUCCACCUCAUCUCGGAGUCUCUUCUCCUAAGCUUUUGUGAUGAUGAACUUCACGUUUGCAGACAGUUCUUUCCGAGUCUUGGUCCGGGUGCUUU